AUGGACUUUGAUGAGCUGGAUGCUUUGGAUCCUGUGGAAGUCCCAGAUGAAGCUGCGCGAGAUCUUGCGCUGGUCAUUCUGGGCGCAACAGGCUACACUGGCAGUUUGAUGGUGGAGCAUUUGGAUGCUGUGCUGUCAAUGCAACCUGAAAGCCAUCGGCACCAAUGGGGAAUUGCUGGGCGUAAUAUUGGCAAGCUGCAGAAUGUCGCCAGCAACUGCAGAACAGAACCUCGGGUCUUUCAUGUCACUGACAACGCGCAGCUUUCGCAUAUGGCCAGCAAAUGUAGAGUUAUCAUAUCGGCUAUUGGCCCAUAUUCUGUAUGUGGUGAGGAUGUUGUGGAAGCAUGCGUCCAAAACUCGACUCACUAUAUUGAUGUCACGGGUGAGCUGCCAUGGAUGUGUGACAUCAUCAAGAAGUAUCACGAUCGAGCCAAAGAGCAAAGAUCGAUGAUCGUACUUUCUGCUGGGAACGUAUGUGCCCCAGAUGAGAUCCUAUGCUACAGCCUGGUGAAGAAGUUGGGCCCCUUGAGAGUCUAUCGUGAAUACUUCAGCCAAUUUGGAGGUAUCAGUGGUGGCACCUUGCAAAGCCAGAUAGCCGCCUUAUGCAGCGAUGACGAAAGCCAGAGCAAAGAUCCUUUCUGCCUAGGCGGCAGGACGACUAGCAAUGACAGGCCAGAAGAUUUAGACUGCGAUAGCGUCCAAGCAGACGAAAUGUUUCCUUUCGUGUACUUGGCUCCUGCCUACAAUAGCUCAACUGGUUCCAGGGUGCUACGCCGAAGCUGUGCCUUGUUUGAGCAAGACGAAGGGACGGACAUGAAGUAUGGGGACGAAGUCAGCAUCAUCAUUCGAGAAGGGCAUUUGCACAAAUCCGCCGCGGAACAGCAGCUGCAGCAGUUUUCCUCCGAGCUGCCGAAGAAAGAGGUGGUAGAAGCCAUGUUGGCCUCUCGUGAGAAGGGCGCCUUACCUUGGCCUGGUCAUGGACCUCCCGCGGAAACGCGAAAACUCUAUGGAGCUGAGGUGAUUGCUGUGGCGCAGGGAGAGUCAGGUGAAUGGGCACAUGCCCGAUGGACCUCAGGCUGCGCUUACGAAGUCUCUGCCGUGGCUUCCGUGAGUGGGGCCUUAGUCCUAGCAGAGAUGCAGGCUGAAUGCAGGGGUGGAGUCCUAACUCCAGCGUAUGCCUUCCAUGGAACCACUUGGAUUGAUCGAAUACAGGCAGUACCGUUUGCCAACAGCAGUCAGAAAAUCUCCGUGGAGCUUAGAGAAGGGAAGCCUUCAGAGGAGGCCUUGAAAAGUCAAGUUUCCGAGAGGAACCGCAGGAUGGUGAUGGGUCAAGAGAAGCUCCUGCGUGGGGCAAAAGCGUGGGCAAAGCCAGUGCUCUGUGACAGUGCGAUUUGA